AUGGACUAUGCCAGAAUGAGCUCCUUCCUGGAUUACUCCAGCCUGGUGACCGGAGAGCCCAGACCAUUCCACCCCGACCAUGGACUUACAACUUUCCAGUCCUGCGCAGUCAGUGCCAAUACCUGCAACAACGAUGAUCGCUUUAUGGUCGGAAGGGGGGUACAAAUAAGUUCUCAUCAUCAUCAUCACCAUCAUCAUCCUCACCAACCUGGAGCCUUCCAGAGCCACAGCAACCUGGGCAUGUCCUACUCCCACCCCAGCUGUUCUGCAGGAUAUGGCAUCCAGAACUUCAACUCCAGCUAUUCCCACUACCCCAUAAAUCAGGAGGCAGAUGUCAGUCCAGGGUUCCCCAGCGCUGUGUACACUGGGAAUAUUACUUCUACUGUGGUCCAGCACCAUCAGCACCAGAGCUAUGUGGACGGCCCAGGGUCAGCUCACUACAUCCACCACUCCUAUGGACCAGAACAGCAGAACCUCACCAUUACAGGUUAUAACAGCAAUGUGAACAGCCUCCACAUCAACCAUCAGGAAGUCUGUCGAUCACCUUCAGCUGAGGGGUCUGCACCUACACAGACCUUUGACUGGAUGAAAGUUAAGAGAAACCCCCCUAAAACAGGUAAAGCCGGAGAGUAUGGAUAUGCAGGUCAACCCAACACUGUCAGAACCAAUUUCACCACCAAACAGCUCACAGAACUAGAGAAGGAAUUUCAUUUCAACAAGUAUCUGACCAGAGCUCGGAGGGUGGAGAUCGCAGCUGCCUUACAGCUUAAUGAAACCCAGGUGAAAAUCUGGUUUCAGAACAGGAGGAUGAAACAGAAGAAGAGGGAGAAAGAAGGUCUCCUGCCCAUAUCCCCUUCAGCCAGCACAGGGAGUGAUGAAAAGUCAGAGGAGAUGUCAGAAAAGUCCAUUCCCUCACCUUGUGCCCCAUCUCCUGCUUCUUCUACCUCAGACCACCUCAAUUCCUCCAACUAACACCCCCUCCCCCUGCUGCCAAAGACUCCACAAGCCUGGUUCUAUAUAUGUGAAGUGCCAAUUGGCAUCAGUACUUUAUUUGCACAAAAGUCUUCUCAAAUCAUUUGGCAUGUGAGCUAAUGAACCAAAGAUGACUCUAUUAUCAGUAUUGGCAUGUAUUCA